AUGAGCCGACUGGCAAAUGCCUCGACUAUCUGCGAGGAGGCCGUGAUCCGCGGCGAUGUCAUCUUUGGCGCCAACAACGUCGUCCAUCCGAAAUGCCGCAUCGUCUCGGAGGGAGGCGGCCAGAUCUUCAUCGGGAGCAACAACAUCAUCGAGGAGAAUGUCCUGAUCACCAACUGGCAGGAAGACCCUAUGUACAUCGGCGACGACAACAUAUUUGAAGUCGGCUCACAAUUCGAAGGAGCCAAGAUGGGCAACGGAUGCAUUGUCGAGCCCAAAGCAAUUGUUUCGCAAGGCACAUCGAUCGGCGAUAACUGUGUCAUCGGUGCUAUGUGCACGACCUUCCGAGAGGAGCAUAUCCCGAGCGACACAGUGCUCUUCGGCAGCCUGCAUGAGCGAAGGCUCCAGACCAAAUUGACUCGGAUGCAGGUCAAUCUGCACAGCCGCCAUCUCGACUACUUGAAGGAGGUUCUGCCAAAGUAUCACCACCUCAAACCGGGAAAGAACUGAUAGCGACAUCGGUCAGGAGUGCCCAGCUAUUCAUUUCCGUGAGCCAAUAUCGUCAGCAACGAAGCACUGUCGGAAUCCCACCGUCUUCACAUCCAAUACAUUGAUCAUCGGAACAUCCCGAUGGACUUGCAGCGACCCAGGCUCGCUACUUUCCCGGAAUAUGGCGCAGUCGAGUCCUCCCGGCGCACUGCUGACCAUCCAGGACACUGCACUUGAGCCUGCCAGCUUGGUGUGUAGCGAGGCUCCUCGAUGUCUCAAGCAGACAUCCCAUUAUUCCGAGAAUGAGAGGCUGUUGCUGAUGUGACAGGCAGAGACGGCAGAUCCCUCAACACAGAU